AUGUCGAAGGAGAUGGCCUCAGCUACACCCUUGAGACCUGUACCGGUUAUUGAUGCCGGUGGCGCGCUAGGUUGCGCUGGUCGGUUGGCCGACACAGCGGUCGAUGCAGUAUCGGAGGCUGGAGUCGAGAUAAUGACAUCUUGCGCCGAACCUGACGACUUCGAUAAAGUACCGGUCGUCGUUUUUUUCUCACGCGCGUCAGCACUGCUUGAGUCCGCCGUUGGUCUGACUCGCUUGGGCUUGCGAGACGCCGCUCAAAGACACUUUGCAGUUUUCUUCGCUCAAAGACGCGCGCGCGAUCGACCGGGUGAGACUGCAGCAGGUGAAGUGUGCUGCUCUGGGUCCUCAAUCACGAAUAUAUCUGUUGGUGUUGCCGCCCCUGACGGCGUCGGCAGCUCCACGCGAGUGUCGGUGCGGAGACGCGACGAUGCAGACGGCGCAACGGUGCUGGGCAUGCUCAUGGUUGAUGUGGAUGUGCGUGCGGCGCUGGCAACGGGGCCGUCGUUGGCUGCACUCGACGGUGGACUCGUGGGGAGGAGCCGUCCGUUGUGUCUGACACGGACGGACGAAGCACCGGCAGGCUUGGUACUGGGUCUUGCCUUUGAGAGGAGGAAACGAGUGGCGCGACGACGUGGCUUACUCCGACUGUUCAUGGAUGUCAGCACCGGAAGGAACUGCUGCCGCAGUAGACGUUGUUGGCGACGGAGGAGAGAACAUGGUAGGUUGGACGAGAAUCUUGGUAGGUAG